AUGACUGAUGUUUGGUGAGAAUUCUGAAAAGAUCGAUGGAAAAUGGAUUAAUUCAUAACUUGCAAGAUUAUUUAAAGUUGAAAUAAAGUUACUACGAGCUCAUUAAUGUAAAUUACUAAAUGGUCCCAUAUCCUUUGGUUUUGUAUCUUAUUCAUUUAUGAGUAUUGUGUCGAGAACCUAAACAAUGUCUUCAUCUAGUGCAAAAAAGGAAUCUUUCGAGGAUUUUUAUGUCGAGGUAAAAGAGAUUGAGAAAAGAGACUCUGUAUUAACACCUAAACAGCAGAUUGAACGACUGCUUCGCCCAGGGUCGACAUAUUUCAAUCUAAAUCCUUUUGAAGUUUUGCAAGUAGAACCUGAUGCAUCCCUCGAUGAAAUCAAGAAGAAAUAUAGACGUCUAUCUAUAUUGGUCCAUCCAGAUAAAAAUAUGGAUGAUGCAGAACGAGCUCAACAAGCAUUUGAGAUAAUAAACCGAGCAUGGAAAACUCUGGAAAAUGAAGACACAAGGAAGAAAUGCUUAGAUAUUUACCAAGAGGCUAAAGAGCGAACUGACCAUAUGAUAGAUCAAAAACGUAAGAAACAACGAAAGGAAGGUAGAAAUGAUGAGCCGAUACCUGAAGACGAUCCAGAUAAAUAUAAACAUGCUGUAUAUGUUAUGACAAUGAAGUUAUUUGCUGACAUGGAGCGCAAGCGGCAACACUUAGAGACAAGAGAUAUGGAGGAGAGGAAACGAAAGCGUGAAGCGGAAAUUGAACAGGAGGAACAAAUGUCACUGGAGAAAGAGUGGGCUAAGAACUUUGAGGAAUCUCGUCAAAACCGAGUGGACAGUUGGAAAACUUUUCAAUCUUCCAGCGGUAAGGAAAAGAAGAAAAAGAAAAUUUUGGGCUUCAAGCCGCCCAAACCGAAACCCGAGAGUAGAUAAGACGCAUUAUAUCAUAGUAAAGUCCAUUUUUCCAACUACUACAAUUUAAAUUUUAAAGUAUUGUUACUACAACAAAGCUGUGAACUAAGUAAUACAAUUAUUAUUAAAAAAAACUAGGUGUGCGAUUCAACUAAGAAUAUGAAAAUCAUCAUCAUUCAUCGUCAUCAUCGUCAUUUGAAAAAUAUGUCCA